AGUUUGCGAACUAGUAAAGUUUGAAUUUUGUUUAUUCUAACCCUAACCUGAUUUAUAUAUAAUUUAUGUGCUAAGAUUCAUAAAAAAUAAAUGUAAUUUUCUAUAACAAUAGAACUUUGAUUAUAUACUUAUAAUCAAAGCAAUAGAUUAACUUCAUAAUGUAUUGUUUUAAAUCCGUAUUAAGUCUUAUGGUUAAAAACCGCAACCAAGUGACCUUUCGGAGUAUAAAUAAAUCUAAAAGGGAUAUUAUCAACUUGUUUAGACCUUUUGGAAGUAUUACCAAAACAGAAGAUGACUCAGAUCAAUUAAUUGAAAAAAUUUGUAAUAAUGAUACAGAAAUGGAGAAAAAAUUACGAAUUCUUAUGCUUGAAGUAGAAGUUAUGAGACAGGAUGGCCGUUGUGCACCCAAUCAUCUGAACGGUGAUCAGUGGCAACAUUUAAUGUCAUUAACAACUAGAAAUCAACGUAACAACUAUCUUUUAUAUUUAUGGAAAACUGAAAAAUCUAGGGAAAAUCAAAAGUUAAAAAAAGAAGCUAAAAGGAAAGAGAUGGAAGCAUUUAUACCUGAAGAAAACAAAGAAUACCCUGAUGACCUUAUAUAUGGCUUAAAACAUCAAAGUUUAUUCCUAAGAAUUCGUGAUCAGUCUAUAAAUAACUUAGACAACUACAGGACAUUACAAGCAAUUCAGUAUGGUCAAAAAGUAGUCAUUGAUUGUUCCUAUGAAGAACAUAUGAUAUAUCGUGAAAUAUUAAAUGCUGCGAAACAGAUGACAUUUGUGUUUGCAGAUAAUAGAAUACACAAAGACCCCUUUGAUAUUCAUAUGUGUAAUGUCAAUCUUAAAGGAGAAUUUAUGAAACAGUUAGAAAAAAAUAUUCCUUCAAUAGAGGAGCCAUGGUUUCCUUUGAAUAUUCACACUAAGAGUUACCUAGAAUUAUUUCCAAGAAACAAAUUAGUAUAUCUCACACCUCAUUGUCGUGAAGAAUUGACUACUUUUGACUAUGAUGCUAUCUACAUAGUUGGAUGUAUGGUUGAUAAGGUCAAUAAUGAACCAUUUUCACUAGCUAAGGCUAAAAAAGAUGGAAUAAAAAUGGCGAAAUUGCCUAUCGACAGAUUUUUAGAAUGGGCACCAGGCGCUAAAAAGAAUCUAAAUAUUAAUCAUAUGAUUCCUAUACUAGCAGAUUUAAGAUUGACUAGCGAUUGGGAGUUUGCAUUAAGACAUAUUCCCAGAAGAAAACUGAUGGAGACUAAAAUAAUGGCGAUGCAAAAUAGGAUCAAGAAUAAAAAAUUAAAAGGAGAGGUUUUUGGAAGCUUCAUAAAACAGACCAAAUCAUAUUCAAUGAAGGACAAAUUUCCUCAAAAACCAAAAAUUAGGAGAUCCCUUUUUGAUGAUGACAGAAUAUAACAAUAAAAAUCUUGAAUU